GACACGGGGUGGUAAUCAGAUUGCAAAACCAACCCGAGCAGUAGCGGGUUCAGGCAGAUGUUGGGGAUUAUAUCGAGGAAACAGCCAGAGGAAGUGGAUGAGGCAGGCGCAGUCGAUUACUUCAAAAAGCAGCUGGGAUGCGUUGAUGGAGUGAAAAGGCCAGAAGGGAAAUGGGCCCAUCACAGGAAAUUGUGACCAUCUCGGCGGGCACUGUGGUUGGCAUUGACUCGUUGGGCAGAACGCUCUGAAUUUGGACUCUAUUGCUCUUUGAGAUUGUCAGUAGAUGCGCCAGGUAUCAGCGGAGAGACAUAGACAUCGUGUGGAAGGUGUUGUUAAUGGGGAAUGCUUGGUCCCCAAGCCAACUGCUUCUCUGAUACAGGGGAUGACGAUACUAUCAUAUUUGCAAACUAAUCGUACUCUCUCUGACACACUGUCUGCUUGUUGUUUAAUUCACAACAUCACCAGCAGGUGGAGGUUUCCCGAACCGGGACCAGGAUGUAAACAAGACGACGAUCAACAAUCGUCAGUCAGAAUCAGAAUGGACAAAGUUGGGAAAUUGAAACGAGCAGCGAUAGGACUGAAGAGGAUUUUAUCAGGCGGAUCAUCGAGGGAAGAUGAUCGGGACACGGGAAGCAAGGUACCAAAUCAGGGUCAGAUUAAGAGCAACGUCCCAAUGGAAAGUGGUCCCGCCGCAGAGGAGCAGGAGCAAAUUCAGCCCGGAGACAGUGACGUCAGCGACACCGAUCAGGACCCUGGAACCAGCACAAGUGAGGCGACCCCCUGUCAGCUCGGAAGCUCAUUGAACAUGGAAUUGUCAAGUGCCCAACAAGGAGCAGAGCCAGAGUUUACAAUCUCCGACCUCCUGGCAGAGGGGGAGGAAUACCGACUGUACCAACUGACAAAGUUCUACAGAGACAGACUCCAACAAGCGAUUGAAGAAAAGGUUGAGAGACUCGGUAUAAUGUUGACAGAGGCGGGACAUUUCAGUAGAGAAGAAAAUGAAAAAGUCACUGAACUGGCAGAGAAGGGAAACCGGGCAGAGAGUUCCAGACUCCUCCUCAGUUUGGUGAUGGGCAAAGGCUCCCGGGCCCGGAGGGCGAUGUGGAAAUGCUUUGUGACUUUGAGGACUGAGUUACCGAAGUUGGACAGAAUACUGAGGCAAAUACAGGAGAAAGGUCCUGAUCCACAGGAAUACAUGAACAUUGCCCAAGGGUUAUUUGAGUUACCUACUCAACUGAUAGGUGAGUGAUGAAUGCACAGUUCAAAUCACGCCUCAAAUGCUAGUCUGGGACUUCGUAAAAUCUGGGAAUCAAAAUUCACCUUUAAUCAUUCGCUGAUACGAGGAAAUCUGCAGCUGCUGGAAUUUGAAGGAACACACACACAAUGCUGGUGGAACGUAGCAGGCCAGGCAGCAUCUAUAGGGAGAUGUACAAUUCGCUAUUGACCUCCACAGAGAUCGUCUGGCAUUUCCUUUUCACCUAUUACUGCAUCUACAUCAUC